UACUUAGAUAAAACGUAGUAAGCUGCUUUUGAGUCGCCACGCUGCGUCUAAGUGGAGACUUAAUUUAUUUUCCUUAAAAGUUAAUAUCUUGUCAACGAGAUCAAUUUGUUCAUUUUAACAUGACAAUAUAAAAACACUAACUAUUUUCCAUUUUGUAAUUCAAAUCUAUCGAAGCAAGUUAAAUACCUACUUUUUUACAUUAUCAUUUAAAAUUAGUAUAUAAGAAUUAAGGUCAUUUUACCGAGUCAUUCAUUGUGUAUUGCAAGGAGGAUUAUCGACAGACUUCAAUUAUUUAUAUUUAUAAAGACACGAGCGCAGUUGACAACGGUAUAUUUAACCGUGUCAUAUUGUUAUACGACUGUGUAAAAGUGAAAGGACUUACAUUCAUGGUUAAAAGGUUUAAAAUGUAAUUCUUUAUGGACAGGUUUAAAAUUACAGCUUGAAAUUAUACUAGUUGACGGUUACUAAAGAAAAAAAACAUGGCGUCAACAAAAGAAAUCGGUGAUAACGCCCAAUUAACCAAUAGUGAGAAUAAAGACAGCAAAUCGGAAAAACAACAAAAAACCAAUGAGUCAGACGGAAUUGUGCAGAAUCAAAAUACAAACGAAAAUUUGAAAGUAGAUGAAAUAGAAAAAUAUUCAAAUACACCCUCGGAUGGAAAAACAAUUCAAAAAGAGCCAUCCAUUAUUAUAGAAGUAAGGGUUCCGCAAAGUGCAAAUGCUGAGUCAGAAAAUAACAAAGAAACGUCAGGUUUGGUUCAAAUAACUAAUGGGACCGAAACCGAGGAAGAAAAAUCUGAACGAAUACCGAAGACUGAAAAGCUUACAGACGAAAAUGACAUGGACGAAUAUGAUCCAGAUUUAUAUAUAACAGACGAAGAGAGAAAAGCAUUCGAGUACAUGUUAGAUCAGCGGCGGGAGGAGAUCGCGAAACAACGUGAAACUUUCAAGAACUGGGCUGAGUCCAUAACGAGGCGACGAAUGUUUGCUUUAAGUCGACUUCGUAAAAUAAAACAAUGUCAUAAGGAAAGAAUGGUAUUUUAUGAACAAAUGGAAAGUUAUAUAAAAUCAGCUGAUGAUGUAAUAAAUUCAAAUGAUAGUACAGAACAUAGUGAACAGACUUCUUGCGAUUUUGUAAAAGAAUCAAAUAAUCAAACGUUUGAAGAUUUAGUGAGAGAAAAUACCGGAUUUGUUCUGAAAAGUGACACAAAAGGAAACGAAUUCAAUCAAAGUAAAAACAGUGACAAUUCCGACAACGAAAAUAUAGAAACGAAUUCAAAACGUAAACAAAAAAAUUCUGCAAGUGAGGAUAAUGUAGAAGACGUUAUUUUGAAAACAAACGGUAACGCUGAUGACGAUUGUAAGCGUAAUAUAUCAAACAAUAAUGAGAGUACUCCCACCAUAGUACCUGUUACUGUCCAGUCCUAAUUAUCAUAUCUCGCUCAUCCUAAUGUAUGAAAGGUGCUUGUGUUUUAAAACAUUAAAUAAAUAUAUUUUUUUUU